AUUCAAUGCGAUUAGCUAGUAGCACAGCAAUCGGCAUCGUCAUCGAUAAUUUCGUUUGUUGUGAAAUUGCGCCGCCGUGCUGUUAGUUUGUUUAUUAUCAAUAAUUUAAUGAAAUGGCUUCAAAUAAGGAGUCCCUUAUUAUUGUGUUAGACGUACGUAGCUGCGCUUCAGAAGAUUUCAAGUUAAAAGCCGUCAAGUGUGUUGCUGAGAUUCUUAAAGACAAGAUUGUGGGGGACAAGAAGGACUACAUUUCAUUUGUACUAGUUGGCACUGAAAAGAGCUACAAUGAUUUGUUCGAAGAAGGAGAAAAGUAUUGCCAAAAUGUGGUGCAGUAUAAUAAUGAGCUACAGCUUUGCAAUUGGCAAUUGUUGCUUAGUUUUUUUGAGUUUGUCAACGAGACGUCGUCAGACUUGGGUCAAUGGCUAGAUGGACUUGCAGUAGCUUUGUCCCUACAGAAACAAGCUAGCAUGUAAUUUAAAGUGCAAAGACAGCGAGUCUUACUUUUGUUCGACUUCAAUGACAUGGCGCAAAAUUACGAUGACUACAAACUCAUUACGAUCAGUCUGCAAGGCAUCAUAGCCAUGAAGAACGAAGCACACAUCAAACUGAAGAAAGUAUGGGGUGACUCUGAGGAAAAAGUCGAGCGCGAAGAACGUUUCUUUGUAAAGGGCACAGAGAUAACACCGUUGCCAGAAGAUCUCAUUGAUGGCUACAUGUUGGGUGGCACUGCAGUGCCUUAUGAUGAAACGCUUGUUGAGUUGCCUCCGCCUCAUCCACCAGGACUUCAUUUUCUGGGCUUCGUGAAACGCGAUAAAAUUCCUGAUGCUUACUUUUGCGGGGACUCGCUGUAUAUGUUAGUUCAUCAAAAACAUAACACUGUCUCGGCCAAGAAGUUAGAUGCUUUGGUGCGGGCUUUGGACCUACAACAAAGCGUUAUACUUUGCUGGAAGAUAUUUAGUACAAAGUUUAACACACCACGCAUUGUGGUUUUAUUACCGCAAAAAUCUACAGACAAUCGACCAGCAACUUUAUAUAUGCAGGAAAUGUCAUAUCAUGCUCAGCAUCAGUUCUGGGAUUUCCCUACAUUGCAUACGGCCAAAACUGAAUGUAGUUCGGACCAGAUCCAGGCCGUGGAUAAGUUAAUUGACAGCAUGGACCUCGAGUGUUCGUUGAAAGAUACGCAGCAACCAAGACAGCAGAGGUCGAACGAUCUGCUGCCGUUUGAUGCCUUUCCCAGCAUCUAUGAGCAAAAUGUGAUGGAUGUCUUAGAGCGCAAAAUUAUCUGCAAGGCGGCCACGGACAUAGAACUUCACGAUACGUUCAAGGACAAGAAAUUUGUGGAACACUUUUGGCGCGUCCCUGAACCGCUUGAGGAAAAGUCGAAACAGGCAGCGGCAACGCUUAAAAAACUAUUUCCUCUCACUUUCAGCCAAGCCUGGCUGGACAAACUUAAGGCAAAGGAACUUGAAGAGAACACGCCGCAGUCUAUCAAGCAGGAGCAAGAUGAUCGUGAGGAAUCGAGUGACAGCGUUGAGAGUGUUGGCUUAAUAACACCUGUCCAAGACUACAAUAAAAUGCUGAACCAAGUGCGCUUAAUAGCAAAUACCACUCAACGUGAUACCCAAUUCCAAUCGCUUGCUGCUAAAAUGCGUGUUGUUAUUAUUACACUGAUGGAGCGCAAUAAAUUGAAUUUGGAACAGCUUGUGGAAGUGUUGACAGUUUAUCGCAACAGCUGUCUGGAAUUCAACAGUUUUGCCGAAUUCAAUCAGUUUUCUGCACAAAUAAAGAAAAAGGCAUUGGAGAGAAAACAAGCAGAAUUUUGGACAACUGUGAUGGUAGAGAGACAACUCGGACCGCUGGUUUUGGGCGAGCCAACUCUUGAGGAUGAAUUGCGACUUAAAGCAUUUUAUACUAUUGAUUUCGAAGAAAAUGAUGGUGAAAUGGAGCAAGAUAAAUUAUAAUGCAUUUUGUUUAUACGUUUAACUUAUUGUUUUAUACAUUUCAUUUAUGUGCCGAGUUUAUUUGAAGGUGAGCAAAUCUAGAAUGUAAUAAUAAAAGCCUAUGGGUUUACACAUUA